AAUUCCUCGAUUAUUCAUAAUCUUUACUCCUGACUGUGGAUUCAAUAAUGAUCUUGGUCAUCAGAUAUUUUGGAUAUAUAAUAGGGUUUGUGUUUGGAAUCUAUAUAUUUGAAAUACUGGUUGAUCGAAACAGAGAAGGACCAACUUUCAUUGCAGAAAAAAAUACUGAAAUAUCCACUUGUGAUAAGACUAACUACAAUCUCUGGUUAAAAAACAAAGGAUUCGUUGUGUCUAAAAUCGAUCAAGAUGAGCUCUCUUUCGGCAAGAAUAGGACAGAACUGCAGAAGACACUGGAAUCUCAACUCUUGUAUAAUUUGGUUUAUAUUACAUGUGUUGUUUUUGUUAUGAAACCGGAAAGAGCUUACAUGGUAGCAAAUACCUGGGGGCGACGUUGUAAUUCAUUAUUAUUCUAUUCGAACACAGUUACUAAACUCGACUACCUCGAUAUUCACAUAAUUCCGUUGAAAAGCUCAUGGCAGUUUAUGUGUGAAUGUAUUCGUCACUUGUGGCUCACUGAGAAACAUCUUCAAUGGGUAAUAUUUUCUUUUGAUGAUAUUUAUGUGGUCCCUGAAAAUUUGAGGUAUUUCUUAGCAAUAAAAGAUCACAACGAUCCCUACUAUUAUGGACACAAUGUUUAUUUUUGGAAUGUUUUGUAUAAUAGUGAAGAGACAGGUUUCGUUUUGAGUAAAGGGUCCAUCCGUGCAUUAGUUAAUAAAUUUAGUGAUGUUUCCUCAUGUGAAAAAAGUGAAAGAUACAGGAAAAAUGGAGACUUCUAUUUAGGUAAGUAUUUGUCUGAAUUGAACAUCACAGCAAGUAAUGCCCAUGACGAAGAAGGCAGAGAACGGUUCCAUAUUUUGAAAUUGGAGAUUUUAUUGGCUAGUGAUUCCGAAAGGAUAGUACAAAAGUAUACAAAGAAAAGUUUGCGGCCUAUUAAAGUGGGAAAGGACUGUUGCAGCGACUCUACGAUUAGUUUUCCGACAAGUGGAAACAAUCUAUUGACUCAUUAUCUUAUUUAUCAAACCAAAGUCUUUCAUAGCGGUAAACUUGGCAACAGAUUUAAAAAUGAAACUGACGAUCCUCAGGCAUGGAAGGAGACUGUUCGAGAAGAAUUCGGGAAUGAAUUAAAUGUUUCUUUAAUUACUGAGGCUGAAUAUGAACGCUUAUGGAAGGAGAAAGUAAAAAUACUCGAAAAGAAGAAGCAUUUCAUUCGAUAAGUUUUAGUUAUAAGUUAACAUCCAGCCCACGAGAGUAUGAAAAACAGGCUCUCUAAAGUUACAUCACAUUUUUUAAAUUUAAUUCUUUGAUUAUAUUAUUAAGGAUUUAAUUUAAUGACUGAAAUAUUCGUGAUGAAAAUUAGGCUAUGAAUUAUAAAAUAUGUGAAUAUGUUAUUGGUUUUGUAUUGAAUUUGAUUGAAAUCAGAUUUUAUUACCUGACAUGUUAAUUUUAAAUUAUUUUAUACAUUUUUUAAAAGUUAUGUGAUAAAACUUUUUAAUUGAUUACAUCUUAUUUAUUUUUAUUUUUUUGUUGAAA